UUGAAAUGUAUGGGACUUAUUACUAUAUAUGUUAAGUAUAUACUACAUAUGAAGGGGUCAGAAGCCAAGGGGUACAAGUGACUUUAUGGUUUUUUUCUGAGUUAACUGCAGAAGCCAUAUCCUGAGUGUAUUAAAAAUGUUUGUGGCCAACAGGUAUAAGUAAAACUCUGUUAAAUGCUGAGAUCUAGCGGCAAAAUGAAAAACUACUUUCAGCAUCAGCUGUUUUAGUUAGAGGCCAAGGGGUACAAGCACUUGUAUCCCUUGGCCUCUAACAGGUACAGACAUUUUGUUCAGGAAUGUGUUUUGUUUACUGUAUUGUUCAUUCAGUGUAACCGCAGAGAAUGUCCGAAGACAGUAUUCCAAGUAUUUUUGGAGAUGACAGUGAUAACGAUCCUGACUUCAAUCCGAUCAACAAGGACUCAGGCGAUAGUUCCGAUGAAGGUGGAGUCACAGAACAGGUCCAGAGAACAGAGGGAGAAGAACAGCAGAUGGACGAAGAAGAACCCCCUCCUAAGCGCACCAAGCACCCUGGAAGAAAAAGGACUCGACGAAUUGAGUCAUGGAAAAGGAAAAAAUCUUCUAUACUUCGCAAUUCGGGGCACGAAUACACUGACCGCAAAGGUAAAGUACACCAAAGAAAGGAGCUUAAGCCGUACAACCAUCAAUGUCGUUACAAAUGUAAUGAAAAAAUUGAUGAGGAAAAGAGACAAGAAUUUUUUAACAGUUAUUGGUCUUUGGGAAGCUGGGAACUACAAUCUUCUUAUUUGAACUCGGCUGUUAAUAUAGGGGCGCCUAAUAAAAAGAAAGAUGGCGCAGUGCGUGGGAAAUCCUUUUCUUGUCAAUAUGUAUUUCAUUAAAAUCAGUUAAGUAGUUUUUGAUCUACGAAUUUUGAAAGUAAUCUUGAUUUUUACUAAUUUAAUAUACAUUAACGACCUUAACGAUAUACAUUCUCUUUAUAACACUUGUAAGGAAUUGAGAAAUUUCAUUUCAGUAUGUUAUCACUGCAACUCGAUUCUUCUAGAAUUUUUCUUCUUGCUGGGCGUUGCAAAUUCACGGCUCCCCUGGUACUGCUUAUCGUGUUUGCUUCAACUUUCUAGAUCUAUCUUGAAGGUCAAGCGUUAGUUGGACUAACACUCUCAGUAAUGUAAAGUACGCUAUAAUGUAAAGCACGCUACAAGUUCAAGUUUUAGUAAUACGAACGCACGUUUCCUGCGUUAGUUACGCUUCAAUAAAAUGAGAUUAUUGAA